ACCUGCCCUGGUGGUUGGAGCGCCGGCGGAGGGCGCUUCCCAGAACGUUCUUCGAGACCCAGCAAAGGAUAGUGAGGAGAAUAGUACCUCCGCGCUUUUGUACGCGCCGUCACCCCGCCUUAUAACAGGGUUGUCCGCCGAGCGCUCUCUGGGGCUUCGGCACCAGCCGUUCAUCUCCGCCGCUCCUGGAGGCGGCGCCCUAGGCCUGGUGCGCGUUCUACACGGCGGACCCUGAGGUGCCAGGUCACCCCGCCCAGGGCUGGCGUGAGGGGUCGGCCGAACAGGCUGGACCGGCUUUUGUCGCCCCUCUCGCGGUCUCGCUCCCUAUGGCGGCGCCGGCAUUGGUAUCAUUUGAAGAUGUGGCUGUGACCUUCACUAGGGAAGAAUGGAGACAUCUGGACCUAGACCAGAAGACCUUAUACCAGGAGGUGAUGCUGGAGAUUUGUGGACUCCUGGUCUCACUGGGGCAGCCUGUUCCCAAACCAGAGCUAAUCUACCUCCUGGAGUAUGGACAAGAACUGUGGAUAGUGAAGAGAGGCCUCUCCAAAAGCACCUGCACAGGUAAAGAAGUAAAACUUGAAACCACAGAGCCUACUGCUUCUCAGCUGGCCAUCACUGAGGAAGCCUCUUGUAAGGAAAGAGUGACACAGGGAACCUCAAGGAACUCCAAGUUGGAGCAAGCGAGGGAUCGGGAAAAGCAAUCAGAAAUGAGGGAAGAGAGUUUCAGGCCAGGAACAAACCCCCACAAGGAGACAUGCCAUAGGAGGCUGAGCCACAAGCAUGAUGAUUUGGAGAUAGAAGAUAGUCUGUGUUUAAGGGGCUUACAGGAGCGAGUCACUACACGAGAUGUGCUGCGUGCACAUGAUUCCCAAGGACCAGGAAAAGACUCUGUGAUGGAUGGAAAAAAUAACCUCUACAAAUGCAAGGAAUGUGGAAAGGGGUUUAGCAAGAAUUGGAUUCUUGUGCAGCAUCAACAGAUUCAUGCUGGAGUGAAGCCCUAUGAAUGCAGUGAAUGUGGGAAAGCUUGUCGCUAUAGGGCAGACUUCAUUCGACAUAUGAGGUUUCACACUGGGGAACAACCAUACAAGUGUAUCGACUGUGGGAAGGCCUUCAAACGCAGGUCUCACCUCACGGAGCACCAGCGUAUUCACACUGGAGAUAAGCCUUAUGAGUGCAAAGAAUGUGGUAAAGCUUUCACCCACCGCUCCACUUUCAUCCAGCACAAUGUGACCCACACAGGAGAAAAACCCUUUCAGUGCAAAGAAUGUGGAAAAGCUUUUUGCCUCAACUCAUCCUUCACUCAACACAUGAGGAUUCACACUGGAGAGAAACCGUAUGUGUGCAGUGAAUGUGGAAAGGCCUUUACUUAUCGCUCCACUUUUAUCCGGCAUAAGAGGACCCACACUGGAGAGAAGCCCUUUGAGUGCCAAGAAUGUGGCAAAGCCUUUUGUGACAGCUCUUCCUUAAUUCAACACACGAGGAUUCACGCGUGUGAGAGGCCCUAUGAGUGCAGGGAAUGUGGGAAGACCUUUACGCACCACUCUGUUUUUGUCCGACAUAAUAGGACCCACAGUGGAGAAAAACCCUUGGAGUGUCAAGUAUGCACCAAAGUCUUUUACUAUAGCUCUUCCUUCACUCGACACAUGAGGGUUCACACUGGGGAGAAGCCCUACAUAUGCAGAGAAUGUGGAAAGGCCUUUUCCCAGCCUGCAAAUUUUGUUCGGCAUAACAGGAUCCACACUGGAGAAAAACCCUACGAGUGCAAAGAAUGCAAAAAGGCCUUUUGUGACAACUUUGCCUUAACUCAACACAUGAGAACUCACACUGGAGAGAAACCCUUUGAAUGUAGAGAGUGUGGGAAGGUCUUCAGCCACAGCUCAUCGUUUACUCACCAUCGAAAGAUACAUACCAGAGUUUAAAAGAUGUAGGAAGGUUUUUUGCAAGUGUUUUCACCUCGGUCAAUUUUAACGAACUCAUACUGGUGACAUACCUUUCCUUUUAAAUAUAACCAAUUAAAUAUAAACAUGAACUAAAAUUUUACUUUUGAUGGAACUGCAGGAUGUGUGAUGGGCCAGUGCACUGUGUGGAGAAACCUCUUGGAGCACCUGGCUCAGGUGAACAGAGAGACGGCACCGCUGGGCCCCACAGGACACGACUAUAUAAGGCCACUCUGCCAAGACUGGGAGAUGUAGCACAUCUACCUAAUCCACAGAAACACACAAGGAGGCGGCCAACAUGGGGAAAGAAACAUGCAGUGUUUAGAAGGUUGCAAAAUUCUAACCAAAAUGUAAAACACUCAACUCUAACGUUUCUAGAAAAUAGGAGAAAAUCUUUUGUGUUCCUGCUGAAACCUUCCCAUGGUUUCACAGAAUAAUAAUUGAAUCCAAAUUUCCAUGGUGCCCUAUCUGCAUCUGGCCCUGCUACCCCACUCCAUCAGUUAUCAAUUGCUGUUAUCUCUGGCCACACUAGCCUUGACCUGGUUCCAGCCAACCUCAGGGGCUUAGAUAUAGUUCUCUUUUCCUGGACUGCUGUGCCCCACCUUGGAACCUCACUAGGGCUCCUGCGUGUUUCCUGGGUCUGCAUAUCACCUAGCUUAUGUUCCUCAAGGGUAGACAUGACAGUGUUUUGGAAUAAAGAGUACUUUUAAUAAUUGUUGGUAGAGCUACCCUCAGUGGUCCAACUUUGGAUGUUAUAAAAAACACAUGAAGGGGAUGAGGCCUUUUUAUCCCUCAUACCCCAAUUCCCACACCUCAAAAUGACCAGUUAUUAUAAGCGUGUCAGGGAAAUUGGAAAGAAGCCAUACACACAUUUCCAUUUCCUUUCUCUUCUACCUCUCAAAAUACCCUUCAGAUGGAUUUCUCGUAUAAACAUGGGAAGUUAUUGUAUACAUUUUUCCUAAAUUCAUAAUAACCACUGGGUCUCUCUCAUGGAAAAUUCUCAGGUGUAGUGUAAGGCUCUCAGCUGGGUCAAUUUCUAAUAUGACCAUUUAGAUAAAUGGUUACCUGCCACAGAAACCUUUCACAGGGAUGACAAUUAUGUUUCUCUUCAGUAUGAAGAGAUAUCAGAUACUGAGAAAGAUAUUUCUCUGGCCAAAAGAUUAUCCUGAAUAGUUAACCUUUAAUUUUUUUUCUAGGAAUUACUUCAUAUGACUGUACUGAACAGCAUACUGUGUAUGUUCACAGUACUGUGCAUUGUGUACUGGCUUAUUGUCUGAGUACUGUACAUAUGUCCUGUUUGUGCAUGUGUAUGACUGAGAGUUAAAGCAGUACAAUAAUGAGUACAUUACACAAAAAGGACAUAGUUGAAAUAUUUUUGUUACAAUGAAAUAUUGCAUAUAAUUUAUUUAUAAGAAACAUAUUAGCACCAUGCUCUAACCAGUUGAGCUAACCGGCCACUUGCUAAUCAGAAACAUAUUAAAUGAGGUGCCUUUAAACAAAAAACAUUCCAUAAAAGGUCAUGUACUGAUUGGUUGUGGUGACCAGAGGCUCACAGGAAUUUGAAUCUGCAUUUCCCCUACGUAGCAGUGACUCAGUGUUCACUAUAUCUGCUUUGGAUUAUUUUUUAAUUCCUUUUUAUCUCCUUUUAUUGGUUUAUUAGCUUUUUUUUUUUUAAGAUUUUUUUUA